AUGGAUAAAGACAUACUUUCAAAUAUUUUCAAGAAGCUCGACGUAGUGGACGUUAUCAUGGGAGCAUCACGAGUGUGCAUCACAUGGUUCCUUGCCUCUCACAACAAAACUAUAUGGAACACCAUCAAACUCAACGAUCUUGAUUCAAUCAUUUUGGAUAACCCUUUCAGCCCUAAUCUUCAGGCUAGUGAUAGUCGAUACCAGCUCAGGAAGAUCUUAGCUGAGAUCAACAAAUUCGCCCGUACUAUCCCGAAUUCUUUUUUCUUCAACGUAUAUUGCAGUGUAGCAGAAGAGGACCUUGCGAUCAUUUCUAAUGGGAUGCCGAACAUCCAAAAACUUGCAUUACCAACGUGGACAUCUCUAGAUAUAAAUUCAAUUCAGUCAGCCUUUAGUAAAUGGCAGAAUCUUCAAACGUUGAUUAUUCACCCAUUUAUAUCAAUGACGGUACGUGAAGUCUCCAGCGUUGAGCUUCAAGACUUGGGAGAAAACUGUAGAAAUCUUACAACCAUGAAAUUUACUGCUAUGUUGAGCAAAGACCUUGCCAAUAUAAUUGUAUGCAAUUUUCCGAGCCUCGAGCGACUGAGCUUUCGAUGCAAUUAUGCAUGUAUAGAUGCAUCAAUAUCGCUCAUCAUUGGCCUUCCAAACCUAAGGAUAUUUAAUCUUUCACAUUGUAUUUUUACGCAAAAUACCGGAACUGGUAAGUCGUGUAUAUUAGGAAUGAGACCUAAGGACGAACUUGUACAAGCCGGCACUAAAAAGCUUGUCUGUUUAUGGUGUGUUGUUCGGACUGUACAAUUUGCCAGGAUGUAUGGAAACACGCGAAUAAUCCAAACCGUUACGGGCUCGAGUUUCGUUAUGUUAAGGAAGAACGGUGGAAAACAGAUGAGAUAA